CUCAGUCAGAUGCGCACGGCUCAAACUUCCUUAUACAAGCCCAGUGCGCUGCGCUCUGCCGCCCCGUCCGCAUCUUCCACCUAACCCAAAGAAAAAAGUACUGUAACGGGAUGGAACCUACGAAAAAGAAAUGAGGAAUAUUCUCCACACUGUCAUCCGAAUCUAGAAGAGCACACACGACCGCAGAAGUAACAGUCGAAGUGAUUGGUUGAAGCGCGAAGGCACCAUGGGCUGUGUGGGCUCAAAGAAGGAGCAGGAGCCUUUCAGCAAAGGGACGGGUAACGACGACCUGCAGAACCGUACACAGACCGCCCAUUAUGUCAAAGACCCCACAGCAGGAAACUUUGGAAACAAAGCUAGCAAAAUGCCAUCCAAUGUUAACGCUUCAGACGGAGAGAGUAUUGCCAUGGCUCUGUACGACUAUGAGGCCAUUCAUGAUGGUGACCUUGGCUUCAAGAAGGGAGAUAAGCUCAGAAUCUUAGAGGAAUCAGGGGAGUGGUGGAGAGCAAUGUUACUCAGUACGGGUCAGGAAGGCUUCAUCCCCAGUAAUUAUGUGGCCAAAGAUACUCUGGAAGCAGAGGAGUGGUUCUUUAAGGGCGUUAGCAGGAAAGAUGCUGAGAGGCAGCUGUUGGCCCCUGGGAACAGAGUGGGAUCCUUCAUGAUCCGAGACAGCGAGACCACACAGGGCAGCUACUCUCUGUCUGUCAGAGACAGUGAUGGUCAGAAUGGUGACACAGUUAAACAUUAUAAGAUCCGUACGCUGGACAAUGGAGGAUUCUACAUCUCUCCCCGCAACACCUUCAGCACGCUGCAGGAGCUGGUCACCCAUUACAAGAAGCAAGGAGAUGGCCUCUGCCAAACCCUGAGCAACCCGUGCUUGAGCCCCAAACCUGAGAAACCAUGGGAGAAAGAUGCCUGGGAAAUCCCAAGAUCAUCCCUCAAACUGGAAAAGAGGCUUGGUGCAGGGCAGUUUGGAGAAGUCUGGAUGGCUACAUACAAUAAACACACCAAAGUAGCAGUGAAGACCAUGAAGCCUGGCAGUAUGUCAGUUGAAGCCUUCAUGGCCGAGGCCAACCUGAUGAAGACUCUACAGCAUGACAAACUGGUUCGACUCAAUGCUGUGGUCACUAAGGAGGAGCCUAUCUAUAUCAUUACUGAGUUCAUGGAGAAAGGUAGUUUAUUAGACUUCUUAAAGAGUGACGAGGGCAACCGUGUUCAGCUCCCCAAGCUCAUCGACUUCUCUGCCCAGACCGCAGAGGGCAUGGCCUACAUCGAGCAGAGGAACUACAUCCACAGAGACCUGAGAGCUGCCAACAUCCUGGUCAACAAGGCUUUAGUGUGCAAAAUUGCUGACUUCGGCCUGGCUCGUAUCAUUGAAGACAACGAGUACACGGCCAGGGAAGGAGCCAAAUUCCCCAUCAAAUGGACAGCCCCUGAGGCCAUCAACUACGGCUCUUUCACCAUCAAAUCUGAUGUCUGGUCCUUUGGCAUCUUGCUGACUGAGAUUAUCAGCUAUGGACGCACACCAUACCCAGGGAUGACCAACCCAGAAGUGAUCCGUUCACUGGAGAAGGGCUACCGAAUGCAGCGCCUGGACAGUUGUCCCACUGAACUAUAUGAAAUCAUGCUGGAGUGCUGGAAGAACAAGCCUGAGGACCGCCCCACCUUCGAUUACCUGCAGAGUGUCCUGGAGGAUUUCUACACAGCCACAGAGAGCCAGUAUCAGCAGCAGCCAUGAGACUUGACAUCCACAAACAUGUUUUCUCUAAUAGUACUGUUCCAUUCAUACUUUCCAGCAAGUCCAGUUUCUACAUGCAGCAGUGCAAUUCAGAGCGCUCACACACACAUUCUCACUUUACCGUCAUCUUUCCGUCUCUCUUUGCCUUUCUCAUUCACACAUUGUAAAUUUAAGAAGGGACUGUACAAAAAUUACUAGGGAGUGAAGUUUGAAACUUUAUUAAAUAUAUUCUUUAGGAAGCUAGGCAUCACUGUUUCUCACAUUUUAAAUAAAUUACUUGGAAAUUUGAAUGAGAACAUUUUAAAGUAAUACAACCACCACUGACAAACUAUAUACAGUUAUUAUUAUUAGACUAUUAUUAUUACUAUUACAAUAUUAGGACAACACAAUCCUACCUCAUACUUGGGUCAGGGGCACAGCGCAACAGACGCUGUCUGAUGAUAUUCUGAGAUGAUAUUCUGAUAUGUAUCUCCACAAAAUCAACCAUAAAUUAUCUGGAUGCACACCAGCAAACAUGCAUGGACAUGACACAAACAUGUGACUUUAUAUUUGAUACAUAUAUCUUUAAAGAGAUACUUGUACAUAAUGGGUCAGUUUCAUUACUCAGAUUUGCAGGUGAGGGGAAGGUUGCAAAACUGGACCCAUGCAGGACUUUACAUAAAAAGGUGAACAUAGCUAGUGUGUUGGAUAAGCCCUGCUGGUGCACAGGUAAGGACAGAAAGACUGGGUACUUCUUUUAAAUUUGCAAGGGAAGGCUUGAAUGAAUAAAAUCUGAGAAAAGAAACAGGCCCUAUACUGGGCUGUAAAAAAUUCUGACUACUUUUUCCUAAACAAAAAGAAAACAUAAAUAGCCGUCCUACUUUUCUGUCCUCAAUACUCCUAUAAUGUUUGUACAGUCCCUAACAUUUGAACAGCUUCACACUUUUCUUUUUAUAAUAAUAUGUACUGUACAGCCUGCAAGUAGGAGGCUGUAUGGGGUUACAAAUGUUUUUGUACAGUACAGUAAAGUACAAAGAUACAUAUUCACAAACAAACGAGGCCACCUGAAAGCAGUCAUAUGGAACAUACUAGAUUUAGUUGGUAUGCUCCAGCACACAUUGUGCAUCCAUCAAAGAAAGGUAUAAUCACAACACAGAUGUUAAGAGGGAAAUAUGUGCAGUGUUCAGCUCUGAUGAUAGCCUACCAUGUUGAUGUCAGUGAUUCAGCAAGCGACGCUGUCGGUGUCCACUACCUUCCUGUUAAAAUUGUUUGCCAUUGUGAAAGGAGACUGUGGAUUUUACAAAAUUCAAGAUAUACUGUACAGCUGAUAUAUGCUUAAAUCUAAUAUUUAUAUAGAUAUUUUCCCAGUACGCUGUGGCUUGUUUUAGCAUUACUCCUUCAUUGUGCCUUUUUAAGUGUUUUUUUUUUAUGUCAGUCGUAACAUUUAUAAUAUAUUCCAUACCCUCUGUACAUAUAAACAGGUGUACACAAAUAAUUACAAUUAUUUAGGAAUAGGGUCUUUAAUGUAAAGACAUAUUAUCUGAUAAUGCUUGUUUAUCCUUUGGACCCACUGAACGUUUGUUCUGUAUUUGGGAACUAGAUGAAAAAGCAGUGCAUACAGAUGUUCACAUCUUUUGGCCUUCUCUUUUGUUGCUGUGUGAAAAAAACUAAAUAAUUUAUUUGUGCAAAUAUCACUGCUCUUAACAUUACUGUAUCAAUGAUCUUUCCAAACCUGAAUGCCUUGUCUAUCAUUUUUUAGUGAAAGACUCAUUACUCUUCUGUUUUUCAACUCUGUUUUAGAUAAUGUGAUUCUUGUAUUGUUGACAAUACAAUAUAGCAAUAUAGCAAUAUUUUUUCUGGACUAAAAUCUGAAAUCUUCAAAGGGAAUAUUUUCAGGUAUUUAAGAGUUUGUCAUUUGUUGUGUUUGUUAUUCAUUUAGAGACAACUGUGAUAAAGAAUAUCUGAGGGAAGUUUUCUAAAGAAAAUUUGUAUAGAGAGAUGAUAUGUGAUUAUACUGAAUCAAUACCUAGCACUGUAUAUGUAGCCUAUGCAUAGGGUUACAAAUGUUUUUGUGUUUUUCUUUAUCCAUAUAAAGCUCUGCAUAUUUUGUUGGAUGCUUAGUUCAAUGCAAUUGUAGUGAAAAUUUUCAAAUAAAUUGGUUUAGAAAUAACUAUCUGCCCAAAUGUUCAGUUAUAUAGCAGCAAGCAACAUUUCAUAUAUUGUUUACACACUUACAUACACAGUUAAUGUGCUUGUUUUGUGUGUAUUGUAUUAAUAAAGAUGGAGAGUAUUUGAAAUCAUAGGCCCAUCAGCUAUGAUAGCUAACAAAAAUGUUUUUCACAUUAUUUCAAAUGAAGAUGAAAAAAUACAUUAAAUUUCUAUCAAGUAAAACUGCUUUUUGGGUGUGUCAAAUAAAAAAGAAAUUAAUUAAUCAAAAA